AAGGCUCACAACUGUUUGAAAAACAGGAGCAAUAAAACAAAAUGAGAAUGAAUUCUGACAUUUGAUGCUAUCUUAUGACGGUUAACAUUAUUAUGUUCAGUCUCCUACUCGAAAAUAUUUUCCCUUUUCGAGCUCUUUAACCGUUUAACGUUUACGCUGCGCGGCCUCCUUCCUUUCCCUCCAUUGAAGGGUACUCUGAAAUCUCCAUUGAGGCGGCUUCGGAGCUUUCUCUCCUCCAUUGAAGUACCUUCCUAGGUUUUGGGGAUGAUUCGCUUGGAAUUUUGCAAUAGCUGUUCUAAACGUCAGCCUGUUGAGACAACUGAAUUGGGUUACGUAUGUUGUACUCUUUGUGGCAAGGUCGUUGAUCAUGAUAUUUAUUCAAAUGAGCCAAGUUUUGUUAAAAAUGCAGCAGGGCAGAGCCAGUUGGCUGGGAAUUAUGUGAAAACUGUACAAACUGAGAAUGCAGUUUCAAGGGAGAGGACAUUAAAUAGAGCGUAUGACUACAUUAUUCACAUGGCUGAGAACUUGGGUGUGGGUGGUGGAGACCUUUUAGCACGACCAGCUGUACGAUUUUAUGAAAUAGCUGUUGAGAAAAAUUUUGUGCGUGGACGUAAAGCUGAACAGGUUCAAGCUGCAUGUCUUUACAUUACAUGCCGGGAUAACAACAAACCAUUCCUCCUUAUUGAAUUUUCAGAGUUUUUGCGAGUGAAUGUAUAUGUGCUAGGUGCUGUAUUUUUGCAGCUCUGUAAAGUACUGCACCUUCAAGAACACCCAAUUGUUCAAAAACCAGUGGAUCCAAGUCUGUUUAUUCACCGAUUUGCAAAUGGUCUGCUGGGGGAGGUGAACCAUGACGUAGAGAAGACUGCUUUACGUAUUAUGGCUAGCAUGAAACUAAACUGGAUGCAGACAGGGAGAAAGCCUAGUGGCUUAUGUGGGGCAGCACUGUACAUAUCAGCUCUUUCGCAUGGUUUCAAGUUUUCAAAGGCAGAGAUAGUAAAACUUGUACAUAUUUGUGAAGCCACAUUGACCAAGAGGUUGAUUGAAUUUGAGGGAACAGAAUCAGGGGGCCUCACGAUAGAGGAAUUCAACCAAAAAGCUGAGGAGCUUGACAGAAGUGGUAAUAAAGGCAAACAUACAAACUUUGGAGACAACAUGAUCAAAGGAGAGGAAUUGCUUUGCGAACAUAAGGGUGGUGGAGGGCCUCAAUUUGCUCAUGGACUUUGUGAAAGCUGUUAUCAUGAAUUCAUAAAACUUUCAGGAGGUCUGGAUGGGGGAUCAGAACCCCCAGCUUUCCAGCGUGCUGAGAGAGAAAGAUUAACAGCAGCAUGUGCAAAGGAAAACACUGCAGAUUCUCUUUUGGAACCUGCAUUUGUGGAAAACAGUUGUGAACACUCAAAUAUGGAGAAAGAAAGAAGACUUGGUGCUGGCGGAAUUGACCAAAUGACAGCCGCAGGUAUCAAAGCUCAGCAUGAGGCUGUAGAUGAUGGUGGUGAAAAAUUCUUUAAAUCUGAUUACAUGGGCGUGGAAGGCGAUGAAUCUGGAAACUUUUCGGACAUUGAUGACGAUGAGGUUGCCGGCUACUUGUAUAAUGAAGAACAAAUGCUCUGCAAGAAGCAAAUCUGGGAGGGCUUAAAUCAAGAAUACCUUCAGGAACAAGCAGCUAAAGAAGCAGAAGCUGCUGCAAGGGAAGCAACGAUGGCCAAGUUUGAAAAUGGUUCAGCACAGGCGCUUGAUGCCAAAAAACUGGCUGAUGAAGCUGCUGCAAAUUAUGCAAAGUUGAAAAAAGGACGCCAGCUAAAAAGGGCUGCUGAAACAAAGAAUCCUCAGACUACUGCAGAAGCAGUUCAACAAAUGCUAUCUAAAAAGAGGAGGACCAGUACAAAUAUCAAAUAUGACCGAUUGAAGGAACUGUUUGAUGAACCUGCAAUUCCUGAUAACCCAAAGAAGAGUAUGUCAGAAACCAAUAUGGAAAAGAAUGGUAUGUCAUGGACUAGCAAAACUGAAGCUGAAGGUGAGAAUAAUGAGGAUGAGUUGGAGACAGUGGAUAAAUUUGAAGAAGGAAAUGAUUAUGGAGACUACCAAGACAAUGGUUAUUAUGAAGACGAUUAUGAAGCUUUUGAUGAUGGUUUAUCUGACAGCACCACACUUUAGUUUAAUUGUCGUGUCCCUAGACUAGAUUACAGGGUUUUUUUUUUUUUAUUUAUUAAAAAAAAAAAAAAAAUUAUAUAGCUAUGAUAUAUUAUUUUUUGCACUUCUGAUUUUUUUUUCCAAUAAGAAAUUUUUCGUUUAGGGAGGGGGGGGGGUGUUGAAAUAUAGAAAUUAUAUGUUCCCAACAAGAAUCUUGAACGACUUUACAGUCGUAUACUGUAGGAGUUUGCUGCAUUGUAACUGAAUUACCAACAUUUUUUCUUGAUGAAAAGUGCAAUGUAUGUGGAUCAGUAUACUAA